UGUGUAGAAACUCUGACACGAGAGGAGAGGAGAGGAGAUAAAGAGUCUCAGCGGGCUACAAGGACAGCUUUUCAUUUAUAGUCAUCAAAUGUAUACCUAAAAAGAAGAAUGUGAAGGAAUGCAUCUUGAAGCUUGGGCUACAUCUCAGAAGAAAGCUGAGUGAACCUGAAUACCUUGUUUUAGGUGAGCAGUAUGAACUAUGUAGGCCAGUUGCUGGGGACAGUACGGGAGCUGUAUAAAGGCCUAAAUCAGGCUACUCUUUCUGGCUGUAUUGAUGUGGUGGUGGUCAAGCAGCCUGAUGGAUCUUUCCAGUGCUCACCUUUCCAUGUCCGCUUCGGCAAGCUGGGAGUUCUGCACUCUAGAGAGAAAGUGAUUGACAUUGUGGUUAAUGGAACACCAGUUGAUCUGCAUAUGAAGCUGGGUGAUAAUGGAGAGGCUUUCUUCGUCCAGGAGACCCAGCAGGCUGAUGAAUUGGUCCCUGCCCAUCUGGUUACUUCACCAAUCCCAACUGAGGAACCAGAGUUCUGGGGCCGGGACCCUCACACGUGUGAAUCGUGCAAUGAGAACGGAGGAAUAGAGGAUGGGGGGAGCACCAUGAUAAAAAAGAAGAAAAGAAGAAAGAGAAAACAAAAAACAACUGAGCAGAGGAGAGAAGAGUCAGAGAUGUCAUUAAUCUGUGCACAGAGGGAUUCAGCUGAACACAGGCAGCAUAUUCCUUCUCGCCACAUACAUAAUUACCCACUAUCUGAUGGAGACUGGGCUCCAGACACUAGGGUGUCAGAGUCUAGCUCUCCUAAGAGUGACUCAGAACUGGCAGUAAGAUCAACAGAAAACGUCAUCCAGGAUAACAAGCAUAUGCAGUGGACAUGGGGAGAACUUCCAGAAGCCACCAAGUUAAGUUGUAGAGAAUGGGCCGAGCCUUUGAAGACAAUCAGCAUUAUACCAACAGACAGUACUCACUUUCGGGUCAUCGACAGCUUAAAAGCCGUGGCAACAGAGAUAGAGCAGAGGACAGAACCUGCUCAGACAAUCAUCAAACCUCAGGCUCAACCUGCCACCUCGAAACAAGAACCUCAGCUACAGCUACAGCCCAUAAUAAGCCACACGGACAUUAAAAUACCCAAACUAAAACCUCUACCACAGGGAUCAGAACCUCAUUAUACUGAACCUGACCCUGAUCCUCAAACACAAGGGAACACGUCAUGUCUCUACAAGUCAGAAACUCUAAAUGUGCACCACACAGAGGGUCAGACAUGCAGACUAGACCAACACACACCCCAAACUGAACAAUAUACAUCAAAGUCAAAGUCCUCAGGGUCAAACCCUGAUUCUACUGGUUCAGUGGAGGGAGGCCAGCUACCUGUAUGUGCGGCUCGGACUGCUGCUGCUUGUCUACUCAGGGACAAACCAGACACAACCUGCAAAAGGAAAGGAGUGAGGAAAAGGAGUCAGCAUCAGGGUCCAGAGGACAUCUACCUGGAUGACCUCACUGCUUUAGAGCCACAUGUUGCAGCUCGCUACUUUCCCAGAAGUGAGUCAGUGGAACAGUGGGAGGAAGGGUGUGUUCGAUGUGGUUCUCCUCAGUCAGUGGGUAGCGCAGCCGCAGACAGCGGGACAGAUUGUCUGUCUGACUCCACGCUGGACCUGCCGACCGUAUCGCUGUCGCUCUGUGGAGGCCUCGGAGACAAUGCUCAUGUUAACAAGGAGAAGUUUCUGGAACAUAUCGUCACCUAUAAGCAGUUUGUGGACAACCCAGGCAUCAUUGAAAACCCAAACAUGGUGGUCAAAAUUGACAACAGAUACUAUAACUGGACUCUGGCUGCUCCACUUAUUCUCAGUAUGCAGGCCUUUCAGAAAACACUGCCCAAGGUGGCUGAGGAUAACUGGGUGAAACAGAAAAUGCCAAAGAAAACUAAUCGCUGGUGGUUCUGGAGGAAGAAAAGUGUACAACAGUCAGAGACCCAAAAUCCAGCAAGAAAUACGUUCUGUGAAAACCCGCACCAUUAUCCUGAGCGCCCUGAUCUGCAGCAGAAGGCAACAGCAGACUCGUCCACUGAUGAAGACUCUAAGGAGCUAGUAACAGGCCACACACACACACACUCUUACAUGAAAUCCCUACGGCUCUCAUCAGAUCAGAUUGCGACUUUGGGCCUUAAGGAGGGGCCGAACGAUGUGGUGUUCAGUAUCACAACGCAAUACCAGGGCACAUGUCGCUGUGAGGGCACCAUCUAUCUGUGGCACUGGGAUGACAAGAUUGUUAUCUCUGACAUCGAUGGCACCAUCACUAAGUCUGACGUUUUAGGACAUUUCCUUCCACAGUUUGGAAAAGACUGGACCCAUCAGGGCAUUGCUAAGCUCUACCACACUAUACAUGAGAAUGGCUAUAAGUUCCUAUACUGCUCAGCACGUGCGAUUGGGAUGGCAGGUAUUACUAGAGGUUAUUUACAAGGGGUUAAUGAUAGCGGCACUAUUUUACCACAAGGGCCUCUCAUGCUCUCACCAAGCAGCCUGUAUUCAGCUUUCCACCGGGAGCUGAUAGAGAAGAAACCAGAGAAGUUUAAGAUCGAGUGUUUAACUGACAUCAGAAAUUUGUUCCCUUCAAACUCUCAGCCUUUUUAUGCAGCCUUUGGAAACCGCAGCAAUGAUGUGUUUGCCUACAAGCACGUGCAAGUUCCGACAUGCCAUAUAUUCACAGUGAACCCUAAAGGAGAGGUCAUUCAGGAGCUGACCAAAGGCAACAAGACAUCGUAUAGUCGUCUCAGUGAGCUGGUGGAUCAUAUUUUCCCUUCGGUUUGCAAAGAGCAAAGUGCUGCUUUGAAUUACCCAGAAUUUAGUUCCUUCUGCUACUGGAGGCAGCCUGUCACUGUGAUUAGUCAGGAGGAUAUCCUGUUACUCUGAUUGGCAAAGACUGGAAGUGAUCUUAGAUGAAAAGCUCUUAUUGUCUGUAACGAUUCGAACAUGAGCAUCAUAAUAAAUGAGUAGCAAAUCUAUAAGAUCACAGGAAAAUAAAUAUACAAAUAUUAAGCAUGUUUCUAGAUGUGUAGUAAGAUAUGUGUACUGUACUUGUUCUACUGCAGGAUAAUUGUGCUUAUUUUUAGUAUUUUAGCCAGCAGAACAAGACCAUUAUAAGUAUAUUGUAUAUAUUCAAUUCAAAUUUAUUUGUAUAGCUCUUUUUACAAUUGACAUUGUCUCAAAGCAGCCUUACAGAACAUAAACAUAGAACAAAAGGUUAAUAUAAACAAUAAUAUAAAGAAUAAUAGAAUACAAAAUUCAAUAUUAAUAUGAGAUAUAUUUAGUUCACAAUGUGUAUGUAUUUAUCCCCAAAGAGCAAGUCUGAGGUGACUCAGGCAGCAGUGGCAAGGAAACUCCCUUAGACGGUAAAGGAAGAAACCUUGAGAGGAACCAGACUCGAAGGGGAACCCAUCCUCAUAUGGGUGACACUGGAGGGUGUGAUUAUAAAUAUACAGUCUGACAAAUGUUGUAUUGGUGCAAAAGAUCACAUGGAGUUCACAUCUCCUCUUUAGUAUCGCAGAGUCCAACUGGAGCUGGUAGAUCUCCAGAUGCCUCAGGAUUCUCAGAGUCGGCCUCAUCUCAAUGGAGGUAAAAACAUAAGUCUAGAAAUAGUUUGUUUUUAUGUUAUAUUUGUUAUCUGAUAUAAUUUCGUGCAGCGAUUAUACAAUAGAAGGUCUCAGUUAAAAGCCUUAAUUCUGUAAAUAGCCACGGCCUCCAGUUUCAGCCUAAGCUGACGUUACAGUCUGUGUUGAGUUUUGCAUGUUUUCCCCAUCUCAGUGUGGAUUUACUCUACGUUCUCUGGUCUACUCCUACUGACAAAAAACCUAGAUCUAAAGAGUUCCACGAUCAACCCUGGAUUAACCAAUUGCUUAAACUGAAUGUAUUUAAAUGCCAUUACUAAGCAGGAAAAUUAGAAGUCUCAUUAGUACACAAACAUAUGAAAGAUUUUGUAAGUGUUUUCUCUGUUGUUUUAUUGUUGUAAUCUUCCCUAUUUCCACCCUGUUUAAUUGGCCUCUAUGUAUAGUUGCGGUUAAAAUGUUAAGAUGUUAAUAAGAGUUAUAAAUAGCAUUGCCUGUCCCACGUUAUGACUUUUAUUGUCUAAUUUAAAAGAAAAACAAAAAGGAGAGAUUUCACAAUGCUUUGUUCUUUGUUGUUUCAAACUUUAUUAGAGAAAAAGUGUAAUUCAUCACAUUUUUAAAUUACAUCAAAGAAUAGUUUUUAAAUGUACUUACUGUUUGUAUUUUGCUUUCAUUCCGUGAUUGCAAUAAAAAAAAUAUGCAGUUUCA